AGAAGCUUUGAGUAAAUUAAAAAAACCAUCCCAAGUGUCCCUCUUCCAUUCUCAGUAUCGACAAAACACAGGUAGGAAAGAAGAUGCCAAUCGAAAUGCCCAAAGGUCUGCCGUUCUCGGUCGACACUUUCAGUCCGUCGUCCAAGCGGAAGAGACACCAUUUCUUGACACAUGCACACAAAGACCACACCGCCGGCAUCUCCACUCAUUCCUCUUACCCUAUCUACGCUACUCGUCUCACCAAAACCCUCGUCCUUCAACAAUACCCUCAGCUUGACGAUUCCCUGUUCGUGGGUAUUGAAGUUGGGCAGUCUAUACUUUUCGAUGAUCCGGAUGGAGAGUUUACUGUUACGGCUUUUGAUGCUAAUCAUUGCCCUGGAGCAGUCAUGUUCUUGUUUGAAGGCAAUUUUGGUAAUAUCUUGCAUACUGGGGAUUGCAGACUGACUCCUGAGUGCCUACAAAGUUUGCCAGAGAAGUUCACUGGCAGCAAAAAGAAAGAGCCAAGUUGUCGACUUGAUUACAUAUUUCUAGACUGCACAUUUGGUAGAUUCUCCCAAAGAAUGCCUAGCAAGCAUUCUGCAAUUCAUCAGGUUAUCAAUUGUAUAUGGAAUCACCCUGAUGCACCUGUGGUUUAUUUGACCUGUGAUCUUCUUGGUCAGGAAGAGAUUCUGGCCAAUGUUUCCAGAACAUUUGGGUCUAAGAUCUUUGUUGACAAAGCAGAAAAUCAAGAUUUUUUCCAGAUUCUAGCACAUGUAGUUCCUGAAAUCCUCUCAGAAGAUUCAUCUUCCCAUUUUCGGUUGUUUGAUGGAUUCCCUAAGUUGUAUGAAAGAGCAGCUGCAAAGCUUGCAGAAGCCCAAGCUAAUUCACAGCCUGAGCCUCUCAUUAUUCGCCCCUCAGCACAGUGGUAUGCAUGUGGGGAGGAGCAUUCAGAAACUGGGAGUCAGAAGAAACUGAAAUUUAACGAAGCAAUGAGAGAUCAGUUUGGUGUCUGGCAUGUCUGUUACUCUACACACUCAUCCAGGGAAGAGUUAGAAUGGGCUCUGCAACUUCUUGCACCAAAAAGGGUUGUAUCAACAACACCAGGUUGUUGGGCUAUGGAGUUGAAUUAUGUUAAGAAGAAUUGUUUCAGCUCCACAGUAGUUUCAGAUGAUCCUCUUUGGAAGCUUCUAAAAAUUAAUGUGGAAGCUUCUGCAGAAGUUGAUGCAUCUGCAACUUGUUCUCCCAUGGUUGAGGAGCCCACCCAAACUUCUGAGGAACCUAAGUUGCUUCCAGUAAAGAUAUCUUCUCCACAUAAAAAGUUAUUGGGUUUGUCUCCUCCAAGCAAAAGGCCACCGGUGACACUUUUUGGCAGAGCAAGAUUUGGUGUCCUUGUUCCUAAUCUUGUAGAUGAGGAGAGAAUCAUAUCAAAAGAAAACGGCAUUCCUCAUGGUACUGUUGAUGAACCAAAGCAAGAAUCUGCAAUCCAAGAAGAGACUAAAGAGAGACAUGAGAAAUCAGAAGAUGAGCUGGAGGUAGAUGUUACUGGAGUGCAACGUGAGAAGUUGACAAGAAAGAGAACAUAUAGUUUCUCUUCAAAUGUCACUAUUGGGUCUUCAAAGAGCUACAGUAAUGGCAUUAGAAGGCUAUACAGGUCAUUGAAUGUUCCUGUACCUAAGCCUCUUCCCUCCUUAGUGGAACUUAUGAAUAACAACAAACGAGCCAGAAAAAUUGAGUUUUAGUCCUUGAUAAGAAACAUUAUUCUUGUUUUAUUCAUGCUCAGAUGGUCAAAUAUUUGUUAGACAGAGAUUAUGCACAGAUUCUGCUGUUAAGCUGCUUUCUAGCAACCAAUGUCUUCAGGCAUUUAACUUUGUGCUUGGAAAAACAAGUUCUAGAGGGGUUUGCUUGUCUAUAUGGACCAUUGGUCAGUGUCAUUUCUGUAGCGCUUCUCUAGUUAUACAUACAGAUCUCUCUUAUUUUUCCUCCAAAUGGUAGGCAUUGUUACAGGCUGUUACUUUCAUUUUUUUCCUCUCAAUAGAGGUCAUUGUUUUAC